UUCAUCACAGGAUACAUGAUUCUUGGCAGGGCAACUCCUGAGCAGGAAGCCUGCAGUUACAAAGGUUAUGUCCAAGAGGAAGAUUUAAAAGAAGAAGAAGAUAUAAAGGAGGAGGAAGAAGAUGAUGAUGACAACAAUUCAACUGCUCACCUCCAGGGCAGCAAUGACACUGGCACGGAUGAGGAACACGAUGUGGGUCCUGAGCAGAAAGGGAACUUUAGUUACCAGAAUUCCCCUGUCAGUCAUAUAUCUAACCAGGAUGCAGAAAAUGAAUCACUACUAAGCGAUGGUAGUGACCACGUGACAGAUAUUAAAAGCGUUUGCUCUAGAGAGCCACAGGAUCCAAAAACCAGCGCCCAUCCCAAAGCCCAGAAUGAAGCACACAAUUGCAUGGAUAAAAUGACAGCGGUCUAUGCCAACAUCCUGUCAGACUCUUAUUGGACAGGCUUAGGGCUGGGUUUCAAGUUGUCUAACUCUGAAAAGAGGAGUUGUGACAACAGAAAUGGAGGGAACAAAGCUGAUUUUGAUUGGCACCAAGACGCACUGUCAAAAAGCUUACAACAGAAUUUACCUUCCAGACCUGUCUCAAAACCCAACCUGUUCAGCUCCGUCCAACUCUACAGGCAGAGCAGCAAAAUGUGUGGAACUGUUUUCACAGGCGCCAGCAGGUUUCGGUGCCGGCAGUGCAGCGCUGCAUAUGACACGCUGGUCGAACUAACAGUUCAUAUGAAUGAAACAGGUCACUACCAAGAUGACAACCACAAAAAGGACAAGCACAGACCUACCAGCUACUCAAAGCCUCGAAAAAGGGCUUUCCAGGACAUGGACAAGGAAGAUGCACAAAAAGUUCUGAAGUGUAUGUUCUGUGGUGACUCCUUUGAUUCCCUUCAAGAUCUGAGCGUUCAUAUGAUAAAAACAAAACAUUACCAAAAAGUGCCUUUGAAGGAGCCGGUACCAACCAUUUCUUCAAAAAUGGUCACUCCAGCAAAGAAACGUGUGUUUGAUGUUAACAGGCCUUGUUCCCCUGAUUCCACAACGGGGUCUUUCUCAGAUUCUUUUUCUCCGCAGAAGAAUGCGAACCUGCAGUUAUCAUCUAACAACCGCUAUGGCUACCAGAAUGGCGCCAGCUAUACUUGGCAGUUUGAGGCCUGUAAAUCCCAGAUUUUGAAGUGUAUGGAGUGUGGAAGCUCCCAUGACACCUUGCAGCAGCUCACGACCCACAUGAUGGUUACUGGCCAUUUCUUGAAAGUCACAAGUUCAGCUUCAAAGAAAGGAAAGCAACUUGUUCUGGAUCCUUUAGCUGUGGAAAAAAUGCAAUCACUGUCUGAAGCACCAGCCAAUGACAGCCCGGUUUCAAAAUCAAACAGUAAAUCAUCUGCAGAAUGCAUAGCUCCCACGUCCGAAAUAAAAAAAGAAAUUAAAAAAGAUAAAACUGAUGAUGCAAACAAAGAUGAGAAAGCAGUAAAAACUGAAGAGUAUGAAGACAGUCUUCAGAAACCACUGGAUCCCACAAUGAAAUACCAGUACCUCAGAGAAGAAGAUUUAGAAGAUGGUUCAAAGGGUGGUGGGGACAUUUUAAAGUCUUUGGAGAACACUGUCACAACAGCCAUCAAUAAAGCUCAGAAUGGAGCGCCCAGCUGGAGUGCAUACCCCAGCAUCCAUGCGGCUUAUCAGCUCUCAGAGGGGGCUAAGCCAUCUUUGCCUGUGGGUUCCCAAGUACUGCAAAUCAGGCCAACUAUCACCAAUAAGUUGAGGCCCAUAGCUCCAAAGUGGAAGGUCAUGCCUCUGGUGCCUAUCUCAGCAAAUGUGGCCCAGUGCACUCAAGUGAAGAAGGAAACUGAUGACAAGGAGGAAGUACAAAAGGACUAUGCUAAAGAUGGCAUCCAAGCGGAGCCUGCCUCACUCAGUCAGAGUGAAAGAGAACCUCCCCUCAAAUCUGAAGUCUCCGUGGAGCCAAAAAAGACGGAACCAUGCCCCUUGAAAGAAGAAGACAAAAUUAAAGAGGACAGUGGAAAAGAAAAAACAGUCCUCAAGGAACCAACAGCAGCUUCUCUUAGCAAUGGUUGUGCUGCUGCCAACCAUUCAUCUGAGCUGCCUUGUGUCAACCCUCUCAGUGCCCUGCAGUCAGUACUGAAUAAUCAUUUGGGCAAAGCAACAGAGCCUUUACGGCCCCAGUCCAAUUCCAGCCCCAGCUCUAGCACAAUUUCUAUGUUCCACAAAUCUAAUCUAAAUAUGAUGGAGAAGCCAGUUUUAUCUCCUACUCCAACCCCACCAAAGCCUGCAAGUGUGUCCAGGCACUAUUUGUUUGAAAACAAUGAUCAGCCUAUUGACCUGACCAAAUCUAAAGGCAAGAAAGCUGAGUCAGCUCAAGCACAAUCCUGUACUUCUCCUCCUCAAAAACAUGCUCUGUCUGACAUUGCUGACAUGGUCAAAGUUCUUCCCAAAGCUACUACACCAAAACCUGCUGCAUCUUCAAGGAUCCCAUCUAUGAAAUUGGAAAUAGAUGUCCGACGCUUUGAGGAUGUCUCAACAGAAGUCUCCACUCUGCAUAAAAGGAAGGGCAGACAGUCAAACUGGAACCCUCAGCAUCUUCUCAUUUUGCAGGCUCAAUUUGCUUCCAGCCUCUUCCAGACAUCCGAAGGUAAAUAUUUAUUAUCAGAUCUAGGCCCGCAGGAGCGUAUGCAGAUUUCAAAAUUUACUGGACUGUCAAUGACCACCAUCAGCCAUUGGUUGGCAAACGUCAAGUACCAACUUAGGAAAACCGGAGGAACAAAGUUUUUGAAAAACAUGGACAAAGGGCAUCCAGUCUUUUAUUGCAGCGACUGUGCAUCUCAGUUUCGAACCCCAUCUACUUACAUUAGCCACUUAGAAUCUCAUCUAGGUUUCCAAAUGAAAGACAUGAACAAGCUGGCUGUGGAGCAGCAAACCAAGGUAGAGCAAGAAAUCUCCAGAGUUUCAGUUCAAAGAUCUCCUGAAACAAUAGCUGGAGAAGAGGACACAGACUCUAAGUUCAAAUGUAAGUUGUGCUGUCGGACAUUUGCGAGCAAACAUGCAGUAAAACUUCAUCUAAGCAAAACACACAGCAAGUCACCAGAACACCAUUCACAAUUUGUAGCAGAAGUGGAAGAAGAAUAACUCUUAAGGACAAAUGCCUUAGUUCCAGCUCUCCAGCCCAGGCUUCCCGCACCCAGCCUGUCUCCGCACGUCACUCCACUCCUGACAUUGAACUCACAGCAACCCGGACCGAGAAGACUGCCAAAAAAACUCCAGCUAUUCUUCUUCAUCCUCACUAACAAUUUGGUAAUGAAGUAUUGAUUUCCACUCCCCUGCUUAUGGACGAUAUUAGAUUUUCAUUGAUAAACUGCACUGGGGCUGUCUGGUCUCCACUGUCCCUUUUUGCUGUCACUAAAACAAAGUGCCACUGAAGUAAGAUAAUGACUGGGAACAUUGAUGUACUUAUUUCGUCAAUUUGUAACACUUGACAGGAAAAAAAAAAUCUUCAUAGUUUAAUGUCCAAGUGUGCUACACAAGAUGCAGUCACAUUGGAAGCUUUACUUUUCAUGGUAAUGUCCAUUUCCUAUUUAUAACCCCUUUGGGAUAGUUUGUCUAAAGGAAAUGUUUCUAUUCAGUGCAGCUAUUACUGUUGCACCUGGGUUGCCCAAUCCAGUCAUUGCACUAGGGAUCAAUACAUCACCGUAAGUACAAGAAUUAUUAAGUUAAAACAGAUUCUGAGCCAAAAAACCUCUGAACAAUGUUAAUCUUCUGUGCAAGUUGUUCAAAUAGUUAUGCUUAACCAUGUUGCUGCCAAAGAUUUGUUUAAAAUGGAUUAUUUUCAGUUUGUUUUAUUCCUCAGAUAUAUAUAUAUUUAAAUCUCCAUUAUGGUUUAUGACAAGACAUGCGAUGGAGUGAUUUUUAACAAAAGUACUAUUGUUAGAUUAUUGAACAUUAUAUGAAUAUAGGUAUAUCUAUAUAUAAAUAUCACUAUAUAAAUAUCUAUAUAUAGAUAUAAGAGAAUAAAGUACAAUUCCUUUCUCAGUUAGGUGGGUGUAAAUCUGAUUAUCUCUGUUGGAGUCAGUGGAGUCACUUUGGAUUUACACCACCACAGACGAGAUCAGAAUCUGGUCCGCACGCUGUCCCCCUGCCCGUGCAGUUUGCCUGGACCGCGCAUUCUUCUGCAAGUCAGCCGGGACCUGGUGGGAAGGGGGCUGAGAAGAUGGCGAUUUUGGAUUUGUGCUUGUAACUUUUUUCAUUAAAACUUUGAGGUCCCAAUUUUAAUUUGUGGAAUAUUCACGUUAAUAAUGAGAUCUAAUUAAGACAUCCAUUAAAAGCCCGUUAAAGUUAAUUUAACGUAAAAAUUCCAAUAGAACUGUAUUAGAUUUUCUCCAUUAAAUUAACGUUAUGGAUUUUUAACGGAUGUCUUAAUUAUAUAUUAUUAUUAACGGGAAUACUGUAUUACACAGAUUAAAAUCGGGUCCCGAGUCAACUCGCAAAAUCUUCCCGGAUAUGCUAACGACACGAGCCCCGCGUUACCUAGUGCACUGUUUGGAAAACCAGGCGCAGCCCUGCUUACUCCAGCUGAGCAUUUCCUUGCAACUCAAGCAACCUCCAGUAGACAAAUCCAUCUCUGCAUUUAACGAUGAACUUUCCCCAGUCUCGAGGGAAAAAUAAGUCUGGAUCCAGUUGUAAACACUACUCCAUUGAAAAUGAAAUAUUCAAAGUAUGCUAGGCACAAUUUGAGAAUAGGAUCUUUCUCAUAGAAGAGAAGGCUUUGGGGUGUCUUUUACUCUUAUUUUAUUUGAGACAUUCGAGGAUAAAACUGAAGCACAGCAUGCACAAAAUCAGGCUAAACAGGUUUACCCUAUGCCCUACUGCUUGUGCAGAAGGGCCAUUUUUGGCAAUGUUUGGGAAAUUUUGACAUGAUCCCUAAACUCAACAUGGAGGAGAAAAAAAGGCCCUUCUUAUUUACCUCCUAGGGAAAGUGUUGCCCUUAUGCCACAUAUAAUAGCAAAUUGCUUUUUUUAUGGCAUGCAUAACCUAGAUGGGAAAAAAUAUGGCGCUUGAGGGAAGGAGGGAAAAAGUAAAUGAAGUUCCAGGAAUGUCAUUCUGAAGUAAUGAGGCAUGGACAGAAAAUAUACCCCUCACAUCAUCGGAUUGAGAUGGCAGUCGAAAUAGCUUCAUUGAAGUGUCAGCACUCAUCCAUCAAUCAAUCAUCCACAAGGAAAAAUAGCGACAGUACAACGGGGCGGCUUUUAUGGGAUUUACUCAUGGGCAUAGGGAAUAGCAGCUCAAAUGUAGUUCUGACAUGAAAAGCAAGGUGCUGAUAUUAUUUUUUAUGAUGGGAGGAUCAUAAAGUGAAUUGAGAACAGUGAGGUCUGUCUUUGCUUAACCUAUUCAACUGGAAAUGAACGGAGCUCAACUGGAAAUGAGCAGAGCCUUCAGAUGGGUAAAGAUUGAAGCCUGCACUGUGCUGAGCACCGUCCAUUGACAACAAAAUUCUAUUAAAGCAAAAUCAAUGCAUUAGCAUCAAGCUCCUCAGAAGCUGUUAAAUUGCACGGCCCAGUUCGGAGUUAUUAAGUGAAGUUACACAAGGUGAGGGCCUGCAGCACAGGCCCAAAGGCAGCACCGUGACAAAAUGCCACCCGGGAAAAACCGUGUGCCAUUCUCCAUCCCUGCUCCUUUCCCAAGCUUUUAUACACUCCAGAAAACAAACAAACAAAAAAAAAAAAAUGUAUCAUUCUGGCAUCCCCCCCAGCCCACAACAUUUGGGGCUGGGGCUCCCCGGGGCACCUGCUGCUCCAUUCUGGCAGCAGGGAGGCUUUCCUGCUGCCUGUAGCAGGUAUGAGGUGUGCUCACGGUGAAGGAUGGAAACAGCAUCCCACGCUCUGCCCCCAGCCAUGCUCUGCUGGUCCCUGGGGAACUUGGAGCUAAAAAGCUCCAGGUUUUGCAGAGGGCUGUUCCCCCCACACAGGGCUGGCCAACCCAGCACCUUGCUUUGCUCAAGAAGCUUUGCUCCAGCACAGGCAAGUGCAGGAACAGCUACUUAUUUAAAAUCUGGCCACAAACCUUUAUUACACAGUGCUAAACCUUGAUUAUUUUGCCUGCAUCACUGUCCUCUGGGAACAUUUUAGAUACACAUUUGAAUUAAGUGAUUUUUAUUUUUUUUUUACAAUAAGAUAAAUAUAUAUAAAAAAGGAAAACGUACUUCUCUCCUCUCUCUUUCUCUGUAUGAAACUGGAUGAGUUGAUAGUUUAUCUGUCAUAUAAAUCAGGUAACAUAGAAAAUCAUUGCAUCUUUUCUCUGUCAUAUCUACUCAAUAUCUAUCGUUCUGACUUUUAUUCUUAUUGGAGAUCAUCAAAACAUUAAUUAAAAGCCUGGUGAUCAAACAGCCGAAUAUUUAUGAUUCACAUCCUUGCUUAUUAACAAGUGGCAUAUUGAUACACCACACAUCCAAGCUGUUUAUGCUCUUGCACUGCAAUAAAGCAGUAAGAAUUGUUACCCUUAUACACUGCUUUGAGAGAUUUAUUCAGAAACUGGAGCUCCCUUCCUGGUCAAAAUAAGCCAUAUCACCUUAAAAAUAUGUAUUUUAUUUUAAAAAGAAGAGAAAAAAUUAGCAUCUCUUUGGAGCCUAAUAUAUAAGAAUUUCAGUAUAUCAGUCUCAGGUGUUUUUUCCAGGCCCUUAUUAUUUCAGCUGAGAGGGAGAAGGACACUUAACUUUAAAAAUAGCUGUCAUUAGUGCAAUAAUAAUUGUUGGUUUAAAAAAAAAAAAAAAAAAAAUUGAGAAUCUGCUAACAAACCUACCCAGUAAUUACUUGUCAAUGCAACUUCAUCAUUAUUUUUAUUACCUACUUGUAAAAGUAUUUACAAGACUGACCUUCCAUGCUUUUUUAGAGAUCAGGGAGGAUAUAACAAGUCAUUUUAAAAAUCAAUAAUUAUAUAUUAACACGAUAGGGGUUGAGGCCUUCCAAGCCAGCUUCACAGGCUAUUGUGUCAACUCUCACACAUCCACAGGGCGAUGAUUGCUUUCCUAAUUUUUUGGUCUUUUUUUCUUUCAUUAAUCAUAUUUUGAUAAAGUGCCCUGUUUAUUGGCCGAUACCAAGCCCUUUAUGCCCUGGGGCAGUUCCUCAAGCAGAGGGGACGGCAGUGGUUGGACUGGAGAGCUGCAGGCCCGGCUGGGGCUGUGUAGGGAACAAACUUGCUCUGUGCCAGGCAGGGCUGAGCCCAGCAGAAAUUCAAAAGGAACCGGGUUUGGGCCCGCGGCAGCCUCUGGCAAGCACUGCCCAGAGGGGGUUUGCUUUCUGGGGCACUGCUCCCUGCUAAUUCCUGGCGGCGUGAUCCUGCCUGCCGCAGCGGCCUCCCGUGAGGGCGCGUGUAAGUAAGCGCACGGUGAGGGACAGCAAAAAUAAUUUACCAUGAUAAAGUUUCCUCCCACUUUCACUGGGCUCUGCUUGGGACCAGGCUGGGCAGAGGCUGUGUCCCCAUCCCCAUCCCCAUCUCCAUCCCUGUCCCCUCUCCUCCCGCUCUGUAACUCUCCUGCUGGUCACAGCACUCCUGCUAGGUGGAAGCGGCUCUCCAUCGCACAGGGCUUUUGUCUUCUCAAACAGAUAUACGAUGCAAUUUAUAUUUAAAAUUCUCUCUAUAAAGACUGUAUUGAUCACAGAUUCCCGAUCAAUACAUUGCAAUUACAACAGGCUUUAAAGGCCAUCUGUCCCCAAGCAAGAGAACUGAUAUAACCACCUCUAUAUAUUUUGAAAAAGUGCUACUGGUAUGUGCCCAUCUCCCUCCACAAGCUGACGUAUCGUUUUUGCUCCCAGACGCCGUGUUUGGAAGCUGCACAGCGCUGUAAUUCCUCUUUGCUGGCCCCCCACGGGGAGACCAGAGACCGGCUUCUGUUGGGGUCUCAGAGCCGUGACAGGGCAAUGACACCCAGCUUUGCUGGCCGCUGCUCCUGCUCCCUCUCACAAUUCAUCCCAGAGGUUGCCACUUUCUUUUUUCCCCAGAUCAUCUCCUGUAGAAAAUGAUCAGGCAGACGUUAUCGAAUUUCACUAAAACAAAUAACUUUUCAGGAACACUACUGAAAAGCUUGAGGAGGCCACUGGUAGGCGCAAAGUGAGUCUUAUUUAAUGUAUGACGCACUGGACCACAGAGACAGCAGUGUUUUGAGACUUAUAAAUAAGGAAUAAAACAACAUGCAUCUAGAGGUAAAUUUCAAUUCACAUUUCAUCAAACUGGGAAGCUACUUCGUCAGCACCUGACAUCAGUGUAAGUCCUUCUGUUGAUGGCACCACAUGAGCUGCUAAGGACGCAUUCCAGAAAGAAAUGCUGCCUGGAUUUCCCUUUUUCUUCUUUUCUUAAUUAAUUACUGUAGUAAUUAUUUCACAUAAGCAUGCAGAAUUUAGGAUUUUGUUCUCCAGAUCUCUUCAAAAGGAAAACGAGAGAAUACAGAAACAAGGAGUGCUUUCCAGUGAUAACAGAAGCCUGCAGACAGACCUUGGCACAUGGCUGUGUGCCAGGCGCAAAGGCCAGAUUCUGAAUUCGCCUGCUCCGGUGUAAAUCUGGAGUAACUUCCUUGAAUUCGGUUUAUUUACGCAGAUCCAAGCACAGCCCUCACAGUCCUAACCUUGGAUUCCUAGCAUGUUUAGAUGGUUUUGAAAACAACUUCAGUAAACAGUCCCAAGCUCCGUGCAGAUUAAAUCAGAGGCACAGUCUGCACUUCAGGAGUUUUAUAGUCAUGUCAGGGAAGUGAUUGCAAAACUUUGUUAUUGAUGUGACUCGGCUGGUAGAAGUCCUAAUGUAAAAACAGUUGUAUCGCUAUAAAGCACUUUAUACUGGUACAGCUUAUUUUGCUUUGCUGGACCACUUUUAUACCAGUACAAGCACUUUUAUCCCGGUGUACUUCAGCCUACACCAAUGGCUAUUUGUUGUUUUAACCAUGCUGGCAAAAAUGUUACGAGUAGACAAGGUUUAAGAUGACACUGCUGUUCCUUGUACCCAAGUGUCUGUACAAUAUUUUCUUUGAGAGCAUUUUAAAAAGUAAAACAGCUGUACCACUGGAUUUAGCUGCAGAGUAAUAAACCUCCAGUUCAUCUUCACUCUCAGCUCAUGAAAUGUCUUCAGGCCUUUGUAAAAAGCCCUAUUCGAGACACCAGAUUAAAUGCUAAUCCUAGCAGGUCAUGCAUCUCUACUUGAGUUCAUACCAUCGAGCUGUCCAAACUUUUUUUUUUUUUUUUUCACUUUUUUGGCUUUAAGUAAAGACAACAAAUUGUUUCCUUAGACUUCUUAGAUGAGAUGGCAAGAGAAAAAAAAAAAUCACUAUUUGAAAACGAAAAUGAAAAUAAAAUUUUGCAAAAUGCAGCUAUGUUAUAAUGCAACGAUGACAUGCUCUUGAAACCCACAGCCACACGUGGGCAUCAGCCCCAGGGAAAGGGGGGUGCAGUCCUCAAACAUCCACGCGAUUGUCUCAGGUGUGGCAGAUCUGUAUGGGCAAUGUUUCUACUUACCACUGGUCCACAUACCGGUCAAAACUUACAUGUCUGCAUUUAGCCAGGCCAAAGUGGAGCUACAGAUACCUGCCCCCUGCACACACACACUCCUGUGCACAGUGGCGCACUACAACACUACGUGUGCACGUGUGUCUACAACAGGCAUCGAUUCCACGGCUGACGUAGCAGCUGGGCACUUGGCACUGAGCGAACAGCAGCUCUCUUCAGGACGUACAAUGCAGUGUUUUGGCUUUACAAUGCAGCAAAUGCUGGAAUGUGCAAUACAGGUUGCAAAAGCUGACAAGCUAAACAGUUCUUAUUUGGCUCAGGGUACUUAACUGUCAUAUGUCUCUGGUACAAUAUGCCCUUUUGUCUAGUGCUCAGGCACCACUUAUUAAUCCUUUCCUUUGUUGUUGUUCUUUUUUUUUUUUUUUUUUUUUUUUUCCUUUUAUUUCUCCUUCUGUGCAUUUGUUUUGGUUUUUAUUAUCUUGAAUAUGUCAGCAUGAAUCAUAAGAGAUCCAUCUCCACUUUAAAUAGAGCGUAGUUGGCCAUUAUAGUAAAUCUGACAGUUUUGCUCUGCCCCGAUGCUUGUGGUAUGUGGUAAGUUUGUUACUGGCAGCAUCUCCAGGUUACUUACAUGACCCGUGGUGUUAGUUCUAGACUUUUGUUUCAUAAAAUAAAAUACAAUAAAAUGAAUCAAAAACUCAUUUCUCUUUAAAAAUGUAUAUAUUACAAACCGCAAAAAGGAAAGAUUAAACACAUUUUUUUUUAUAUAUUAACAACACAAAUGGGACUCCUUUCAAAGAGGACUCACGGUGACUUUAUCUGUAGAAUGUUUCAGUGCUUAUGCACUCAUUUUGUAACAAGUGCAUGCUGUAUAGACUAUAUUGCCUGUAUACUUAGAUGGCGGGGGGGGCAAGCUGCUUUCCAUUGUGCACUGCAGCUUGUUUGGAUGAAAAGUUACGCCUUUGAUGCAUUUUUAUACUGUACAUAUUUGUAUAUAUUAACUAUAUUGCCAUGUUAUGAACACAGAUUUUGUUAUAUUUGCUUGUUUCUGUUUCCUACAAAAAUUGGUCCACGACAGGGGAUUUUUUUUUUUAUUAUUAUUAUUUUUGGUAUAGAAAAUAUGCUUGUAAUUUUUGUUUGUUUGUUUCCUUGGUCAUCAUCUUUUAAUGGUUCAUAAAGGAAUUAGGGAUGAGUUUUUGGAGGAACUGUGAGAAGCAAGUCUGUGUUUGCAUGAGACCUGCCCAAUUGCUGGCUAUAACGGGGGGCGGGGGGAAGAGGGGAAAUCUGAGUCAAGUUUUGCUUUUAAAGCAUGCUUAGUCCCAUGGGAAAACUCAUACAUGUACAAUUAUUCUCUUUGUAUUUUAUCUAAUAGUGCCUGAAUUUUUUUUAAUGUCUUCUUGGAGGAACAAUUCAUAAUUGUCAAAAUUUGAAACAUUAGCUUAAUUUUGUUUUCAUGACCUCUCAUUUCUCCUCCUUAUUUAUUUUGUUGCUGUUUAUAAUGGGCCCCAAGGCCAUUUCUGACAUUGCAGUGUUCUUCUUCCACAUUAAGGAUGUUUUUAAAAUUACUAAGAUUAUUGAGCCAACAGGCUGUUUUAAUCAAAACCAUGUUUCACUUGGUUUUGAUGAUUAUGAAUGGUCCUUACAAUGGAAAAAGCCCUUUCUGCUGGGAGGAUUGUACCACCUAGUGGCCCGAUAGAUCCAUCACAGAUCUGCAUCUUCCCAAUAUUUGCUGUCUUGCUCAAAGCCUAGCUGGCAAUUUCGCUUCAAAUUAUUUGCUUAUUACAACUAACUUAAACUAAACAAAUUGAAAAUGUUAAUGGCAUUUUUUUCUUUGGUUGAUUGCUAAAUAAAUUCGUAUAAUUUAUACUAGAGGAGAUUACUGCUUUUAUUGUUUUGGGUUUCCCCAAACCAAUUAUUAACAAUCAGGACUAUGUAUCUCAUUAAAUUUAAAUCAGGUCAAACCUAUUUAUCUAAGGCCUUUUCUGUUUUCAGGAAGAUGCCUGUAUUCCAGUGCAUUUAAGAUGUAUUUCUGUGUAUGGUUUUACAGCAUAUAAAUCCAUCAACAGUGAUUUUUUUGUUCUUUAUUUUUAUCAUUGCAAAUACAUUGAAAAAAAAAAAAUCCCUCAACUUUACCACGAAAAAAAAUAUAUAUAUAUUUUUUAUGCCCAGGGAUUUUUUUUUUUUAAUAAAAUCACUGCAGUUUUAGAACUGUAAUUAAAGCCCUGAAUAAUAGAUCACACAUCUUUAUCUGUUGUGUUUAAAAGGAAAAAAAAUAGCCCAAACUGUUCACAUAAUCCUGAAUGCCUCAUUUCCAUAAAAAAGGUUUCUAUACAUAUAUUAUUUACAUUUUUAAACAUGGUAAUUCUUUCCUUUGUGGCAUAAAAUGUCUCUUUUCCACUGCAGCUAUUGGAAAGCGACUGCUCACAUCUGAAAUGUUAUCGUAAUUUGCAUCAGGAAACCCAACUGCAGACAUUAAGGACUUGGGUGUGUUCAAUUAUGAUUUUGCUGGAGGCUGUCCCUCAUUUUAAUGCUGCACUCAUUGAACUACCUUUCUGAAAUCUAGCUGAUAUGGUUCACCAUAGACAUGCUUCACAACAUCAUUAGCUUUGCAAAUGGCUUCAUUUCAGUCAAUGCAGACUUCAGUUUUGGCCAAUUGUAAAAUGGAAAUUUGAAAAGGAAAAAAAAAAAAAAAAAAAAAAAACAGAUGCACUUAAAACAUGAAAAGAAUUAUUUAUAUGAUAAAAAUAUAUUUAGAUUUUCAAAGCACAAGACUGAACAGAAGUGCUCUUUUUAUGCUUUCUGAAGAUGUUACUGUUAAAAGUCUUUCUACAUCAGGCUUAAUAAAUCUGUAAUGACAUUUGA